AUGACUCUUGCAGUCUUUUCUUGCACGAGCCAGAGAGAGGCUUAUCUGAAAUCGAGGCUUAAAGAAUCUUCAGACCAAUUGGACGCCAAAGAAACUGCUUUGCAGAAGUUCAAUAGCAGUUGUUCAAAGCUGAAUGACUUCCUUCUAGCUCAAACUGAUAGCCUGAAAGCCAAAUUGGCCGAAGCUGAGGACAAAUUAGUCCUUGCUAAUACAGAAGCCUUCACUUUAAGUGAGAAGGUUUGUUUGCUGGAAAAGCAGCUGAAAGAAUCUGAGUGUCAGGAGGAUCAUAGCAUUUUGAAUUCUGAAAUCACACGACUGGUUAGUGAAAAUGAGGAUUUGAUGGUAAAACUGUCGAAAGGAGAAAGUAAAGCCGAAAGUGAAGAAAGAAAGUGCCAGUUACUGACAGAAACGAACAUGGAACUCAAUGAAGAAAUUGAGAUUCUUAAACACAAGUUUGAGAAGGCCAUGGAAAAUCUCAUUGAGGAUCACAAGUUGAAAGUUUGCAAAGCUGAAGGACAUGCAGACAGUGCAGAGGAUAAAUGCAUCAUACUGUCAGAAUCUAAUGCAGAGUUAAAUGAGGAACUCGGGUUUUUGAGGGGUAGACUUGAACGUCUGGAAGCUUACUUGAAUCGUUGUGAGGAGACAAAAUUAGUUGCUGCAAAGGGCAUUAGCUUUCAGAGUAAAGUGGUGACCGAUUUAGUGAUGCAAUUAGCUAUUGAAAGAGAACGUCUAAGGAAGCAGCUUUCGUCUCUAGCAUUAGAGAAUAGAACCUUGUUAACACAGCGGCAGCAGACAGAAGAUGAAAAGCAUUUAGCUACUGAUAAAAAGGAAUCUGAUAUCCUGGCUGGUGGUUCAAAGAGAGAAGACCAGUUCUUACUGCAAUUCCCAUCUUCUCUUGCUGCUGCUAACACAAAUCAUUUGCGAGUUGUGUUCAUGGUAACUGAAUCAAUAAUAGCUGUCUUGCUUGCAUAUGGAAACAUGAAAUGUGUGGCGAUGGUUGGAUGGUGGAGGGUAGUCGGGGAACCAUGUUGGAUGGUGAGACUAAAGCUGGGGCUGUAG